AUGCACGCUAGUCUUGCCAUAUACGAUGUGAGCAGUGGCCGAAACCGACUGCGAGAGCUGUUUGCUGCCGUGCCGGGCUUGCGGGAUUCAUUGCUUGGGAAAAGAGCGAAACGCUUCGAAGAAGCCUAUCAUCAGAUGCUUCUAAGACGAUUGAACAGCGGCAGUAUAAUGAGGUCCGAACCGCCGCUGAGCGUCGUCGAUAUGCUGGCUGACCACUGCUCGGACGAAGACGAUGCGGACAAUGCGGUGGGUGGCGACUGUGGCGACGUCGUUGCCGAUGGUGGUGCAGGCGACACGCUUCUGCUUGGCCGUAAAAUUUCAGUCGAUACGUCAGGUAGCGGUGCAGCAACGGUGGCCACCGAUGUACUCUUGUCUCCUCUUGAGUCGGUGACUACGGGUGCUCUUUCGACCGGACAUUUUCAGGUUAGGAUUUCGUAUGUCGAAGAUUUGAUUACCUGUUGUGAACCUGUGAUGAACAAAGACCCGGAGAAUGUGUGGCUCGCGUGCUUUGGUCCAUCGGUGCCUAUAAUGCGCAGUACUUCGCGUUCCGAGGAGUUGCCGCCGCCACCGAUGGUCACCAACUCGCUCGGACUGCCGAUCGUAAAGAACGCCUCAUCUUUGAUACAUUUCAGUCUUCUGCAGGACCCGCUGUACGCCGAUGAUGAGAAAGAACGAGAAAUUCGGGAUCAGAUGUCUCUGCUUGGUGUGUUCCGAGCCUACAACAAGGAGAACUACAAUCUAAAUCCUGUUCUCAUAUCGGAUAACGACUAUAACACGUACUAUGGUGGUAUAUCUAACGGUUUGCUGUGGCCAGCGUUCCACAAUCUCCCUGAAUAUAUAUCAUCCGAUUACGAUCAGCCGGACAUCCUGAAAGCUCACUGGCAUGCGUACGUUCGCGUCAACUAUCAGUUCGCGAUCAACGCCGUACGUAAUAGUCGACCACAAGACUUCCUGUGGAUCCACGAUUACCAUCUACUUCUCACAGGCAUGAUUGUACAUUCGCUAGACCCUGAUUUGGAAGUCGGUUUUUUCCUGCACACUCCGUUUCAGCCCCCAGCUACUUUUUUUACCAAAUACAAGCUGGUCGCCGAAGCUGUGCUGCGAGGCAUUCUGCGAUUCACGAAAGUUGGUUUUCAAACUCAUCGAGAUCGUGCUACGUUCAUAAACUUCGUCACGGAGCAUAUGACUACGGCUAAGAUGUUUCACGACGCACCGAACGACAGAUACUCAAUCUCGCACGAAGGCUUCACUUCGUCACUCGGCGUCUUUCCCGUCAGUAUUAAGAAUGAAGAGUUCGUAAACUUGUCCAAAGACCCGAAUGUUGUGCGUAAAGCUCGAGAAAUUCGUAACAAUCUGAUGCUGAAUCGCACCGGAAAGCUUUUCUUCUCGGUUGAAAGGUUUGAUUACACGAAAGGAAUUAAGGAAAAACUGAUUGCUUAUGAUCGUUUUCUGGAAAGUCACCCGGAACGUCGUGGUAAAGACGUGCUUCUGCAGGUGGCGGUCAUCAACCGACGUGGCAUCGAUAGCUAUCGAGAGUACCAAGACGACGCGAUCGCGUUUGCCACUCAAAUUAACGACAAGCACAAGUUGGCGGAUGAUCCGGACUGGAAACCGGUGAUUUUCCAGACGGACGGUGUCGCGAGGCCGGUGCUCGUCUCUCAUUACCUGGCAAUGGACGUCGGCGUAGUUACACCGAUCAAAGAUGGUAUGAAUCUGGUGGCCAAGGAGAUGCUUAUUGCGAACCCUGACGCUUCGCUGAUCCUGUCGACAGGUGCCGGCACCGAACAGCAGUUCAAUGAUUCAGGCUUCUAUUCGGAUGAACAACGUUGCUACCAUCGUGUGGACGACGUUCGAAACGCGGACGAGUUCGCUAACGCGUUUUUCGAGGCGGCCAUCGAGUCGGUGGAAAGUGUCCGUGAAAACAGCGGCAGAAUACGCGAGUUUCUGGUCGCUAACGAUAUCGAGAAGUGGUCCGGAGCAUUCCUGGACCCAUCAUGGACUCACCAAGUAAUCCAGCGCAUGGACAUCUCCACGCUGCAAGACUUCCACAAUUUCAUGUUCCAAACUAGGGACAUACGACGCCACAUCGCUGACACCGUACUCCGUGGCUUCGCCAUCCGGCAGCAUUUCGCCAUGUCAUUACGCAACGCCAAGUUGUCGCUGGAGGCUGCUUGUCAUGACAACGAUCAUCAUUUGCUAAUGGUCAAGAUCGAUCAGAACAGUGACCGAUUGGCUCGACUGAACGUCGCCGACGAAAUCAAACAAUUGCAAAUUGACCUCGACUUCCUGAACUUCGUACAGAGCGACGACUAUGACAAUCUCGAACAGUUUCUCCACCACCUGGCCAAGUACCACCCGACCGACGCCGGCGAUUUCUACAGCCAGGUUGAAAUCGCAUCUUCUUUAAUCAUCUCAGGCGAUCACUAUCAGUAUUUCUUCACUGACCGAGAUGGCACAUUGAAGAGCUAUGCGUGCAGCUACCCGAGUAGCAUUCAGCCUGCGUACAGUGCUGUCAUCCAAGGAACGUUCGCACAUCGUUGUGCCCAGUACGCCGCCAUCUUGACCUCUGCUCCGCUGCUGAACAUUGGCCUAUUGGACGUGUUCGUACUUCCAGAUGGAUACUUCAGCUACGGUGCGUCCAUCGGACGGGAGUGGUAUGUGAAUGCGACGAAAAAGUUCAAGGACAGUUCAAUCAGUAAAACGGACCAUCUUCUUCUCGACCUCGUGUCAUCUCGAAUCGAGAGGCUGUUCGACCAGAAUCAGUUUCAACAAUUCAAGUGGAUUGGAUCCGGCCUACAGAAACAUUACGGUCACAUCACAGUCGCCAGACAGGACUGUUACGGAUCGAUCGACGAAUUAAAAUCUCUUCAGUGGUAUGAAUACAUUUUGCUUUUGUGA